AAGCAGACAAGGUCCCCAUGAACUGCCGCAGAUCUGCUGGGUGGCUUCCCCUCUCCUGCGACUCUGUUCUCUCCCGGCUCUCUUCUACGCCUGUCUCUGCGCGCUCUGGACAUGCACUGUGUCUCCCUCCUUCGCUCGCGGUUUUGCUGUGCUGGUGACAUCCGUUUUGCCACAAUAAAGUCGACCUCCCGAGAGAAUCGCAGUUGGCGCUGGCAUGCAUGCGCGCGCACUGUUAGCUCCUCGCUUCUCCAGCCUUCGCGGAACCAGCUCUCUGAAAAUAGUGACACAAAGUCACUCGUCUCCGCUUUCUUCCAAGGAAACAGCGACGCAACACUCUGCGAUCCACGUCUCUUUUCAGAAGCCUGAACAUCGGCACACAGUAUCAACGCCUCGACUUAAAUCCCUUCAGACAUAAAUUCAUCUAUAUAUACACCUAUGCGUGUAUACACAUACGUAUGUAUAUAUAUAUAUAUAUAUAUGUAUAUAUAUAUAUAUGUUAAUCGUUUGUGUGUGUGUGUGUUUUAAGAAAGGUCAUUUCUAGAGUGUAUGGAUGUGGAUGCACAUUUUCGAUGCGUGAAAGACGUGAGGUCGGGGCUGGUUGUUUCGAAGGCGACAAGAGGGACUUCUCGGUUUCUAAAGAUCCACGGAGGCAGGGAGGAGAGGAGUAAAGGAACGGGGGGUUCACUUGGGAUUGCUCUUUGUCCUUCCACCAAUUGACUACCUCUCUCACCUCCGUCUCUUUCUGUCUCUCCUCGUCUUCCUCUCCCUCGUUUGCCUGGCCUAUCCUCCUCGGGGUCGUCUCUCUCCUCCACUUGGCGACACCCCCCGGAGUUCUCCUCUGUCGAGAACGAAGAACGACGCUGCAUGCAGUCCUGAUGGAGACCGGAAGCGUUUCGUCCUCGCCUGUGAGCGACGAAGACGCCUGGGAGGUAGGAGCGGACGCAGGCGUCCCGAUGGAGAAAGCCUCUGGAAGAGGAGAGAAGAAAGACUCCGAGAAGCAAGAGCAGGGUCUCUCUGAGGAAGAAGCGAGAAAGUCCGAGUCGUCAUGUAGCUGCUCCUGCCGGACAGAGGUGGAGGCGCUGCAAAGCCACAACGCUCGUCUGCAUGCGUUGAACACUGUGUUGCUGACAAACAUGUCGAGCCUGUACAAAACUGCUAAAGAAGAAGUGAAGAGAAGAGAUGCUCUCCUCGCAGAGAAAGAAGAAGCGAUCGCGCAGCUGCGCAGCGAGCUGCAGAGCCUCGAGAGCGGACUCGCGAGUCGCCGCCCGCCACACAGAAAAGUCACUUGAACCGCGGGGCAGCGCGAGAGAAGGAACGAGAGGGGGAGACACACAGACAGAAAGAGAGAGACAGCGCGGAGGCAGGUGCAGGGAGAAGCAGAGCGAAUGAGAAGAAGACAGAGACAGAAAGAGAAAGCAGGAAAGACGCAAGCAGUUGAAGAGAAAGAGGGAGAGAGAGAAGACGAGGGAAGAAAGGGCGGCAGAGGAAGAAGAACGGGGAACCUGAAGAUGGCGACGACAAAACUCGAGAGCUUCUCUCGGAUGGGAGAGAGGUGAGAAGACAAAGAAGAUGCGUCCGGAGACUACAGUGGAAAAGAAAAACAAGAUACUCCGACUGAUAAUGGGUCAACAACCACCCACAGGAGAGGAACCAGGGAAGUGUGACAGGCAAAAACAAAGGAAACAGAGCACAGCCAGGCGUGUCUCCUCCCAUUGGUGGAAUGCAAAAAAGCGAAGAAAAGAUCUGCAGUAAAGACAGUCCCUGCAGUCUCUUCUUUUCUCUCAGCCUAUCAGAUCUGCUUUUUUUUCUGAAGCAUACACAUAUAUAUAUAUAUAUAUACGUAUUUGCAUAUAUAUCUUUAUAUGCAAGGUGGACACGAUUGCUUCUGCCGUAUUCUAUCAUAUAUAUAUAUAUAUAUAUAUAUAUGUAUAUAUGUAUAUGCUGUCAUAUAAUAUGUAUACAUCUAUUUAUAUGUGUGUUUUUCUAUGUGUAUGUAUGUGUAUAGAGUGUUUUGUUUCGUGGACGACGCAUGCAUUGACAUUUUGCUUUUCAGGUAGGGAGGAAGCGUCUUUCUCCUUCCGUUUUUCGGGGUCCUGUGUGUGGCGUAGAGACCCUAUAACAGGUAGUCCUGAGAGGCCGUUCGGAGAAUGAGGUUCUGCCUCAGACAUG